CUAAUUUGGGAUGGGAGUGAUAGACAUGAGAAACUGCCUGGCGCGGUCAAGGGACCUGCUGCUUUAGGGCUGAUAAUCGAUUAACACAUUGCGACGUCAUUCCAUCGCAGGGCUCUCCCAAGUUGAAUGCACACAAGUCAAGCGGUUGUUGUACCAAGGCUUGUUUCGUAAAGAUGGAGUGACAUUCACCACCCGCCCGUUUGACUUGAGGCAAUACGUAGCCUGACGUCAUAUCCACCUCGUUCUUCCCUCAGGCAAGAAGUUAUAUAAACCUGAGGAUUUCAUGUUCCAAUUGUCCUCAGAACAUCUGCAAUCUACACAACACUACACAACACAACACAACACACUCUAAGCAACAACAAGAACUUCAACCAACAACUCAGCUACUCCUUUUCUCUCCUUUACUUCAACAACUACAAUCACUACAUAUCACACAUCAUGUCUGGAAUCAUUCACAAGGUCAAGGACGUGGUCACUGGUCACCACCACGAGAACAAGACCGAGAACACCACCUCGGACAACCACGGCCCCCACUCCUCCAAGAUGGCCAACAAGAUGGACCCUCGCGUUGACAGCGAUCGUGACAACCGUGCUCGCCACGAAACCAUGGGCGGUGCUCACGGCCCCCAUGAGUCCAACAUGGCCAACAAGGCCGACCCCCGUGUUGAUUCGGACCGGGACAACCGCGCUCACCCUUCCACCACUACCGCUGGAGCUGGCUACAGCGGCAGCACCAACGCUGGUCCUCACGACUCCAACAUGAUGAACAAGGCUGAUCCCCGUGUCGACUCGGACCGCGAUAACCGUGUCCGUCACGAGGCCCUUGGAGGAGCUCACGGCCCCCACGACUCCAGCUUGGCUAACAAGGCCGACCCCCGUGUCGACUCGGACCGCGACAACCGCGCUCACCAUUCCACCACCGCCACUGGAGCCGGCUUCGGUGGCAGCACUGGCUACAGCGGCAGCACCAACGCUGGUCCUCACAGCUCCAACAUGAUGAACAAGGCCGACCCCCGUGUCGAUUCGGACCGCGACAACCGCGCUCACCACUCCACUACCGCCACUGGAGCCGGCUUCGGUGGCAGCACUGGCUACAGCGGCAGCACCAACGCUGGCCCUCACAGCUCCAACAUGAUGAACAAGGCCGACCCCCGCUUCGACUCGGACCUGGACAACCGUGCCCGUCACGAAGCUCUCGGAGGAGCCCAGGGCCCUCACGGCUCCAGCAUGGUUAACAAGAUGGAUCCCCGCGUCGACAGUGACCGAGACAACCGUGCUGCCUUCGGCGGUGCCACCACCACUACCGGCCACGGCGCCUACGGCUCUUCUACCGGUGCCGCAGGCUACGGUGCCGGCCCUACCACUACCACCAGCGGAACCGGCUUCGGCGGCAGCACCACCAACGCCGGCCCUCACAGCUCCAACAUGAUGAACAAGGCCGACCCCCGUGUCGACUCCGACCUGGACAACCGUGCCCGCCACCAGGGUAUGGCCAGCAGCAGCUACAACACCAAUGCCACUGCCGGCCCCCACCGCUCCGACAUGGCCAACAAGAUGGAUCCCCGCGUGGACUCUGACUUGGACAACCGUGGUACUCUGGGCACCCAGCGUGGCUUCUAAGUUCAAGAAUCUUAGACAAGACAAGACAAGACGAUGGGAAAAGGGCUUCGAAGAAGUCUUAUCUCCAAUCUUGUAUUCAUGAUGCUGUUAUGACCUGUUGAUACGCCCCAUGUGCUUUACUGCUUCUCUCUUGUUUGAUACCAAGCAAGCUUAAUGAUUCUUUCCUACAAUGUACUUUAUCGAGACUGAUUUGCUAUCAACUGAAUGAAAUCUUCACAUGAUUAUCGG